AUGCUAUCAAUUCAAUCAAUUGUCUUGGUUGCAGUGCAAGGCCAAUUUACCUUCAAAAACUGUGGUACAGCCAAUCAUCAUAUUCAAUUAAAAGGUCUUAAAAUAUCUCCUCAUCCAGUAUUACUUCCUGGCUUGUGUACAUUCGAACUUCUUGUUAACGUUUCGCAUGAUAUAAUCCAUCCACUUCAGACCAAGUUCGACAUAAAAGCAAAAGUCCUUGGCUUUGAAGUACCGAUUCAAUGUGAAGGAACUUCUGGAUCAUGUACUCAUGCCGAUUGGUGUGGAACUGCUUGUACAACAUGCGAGUGUCCAGGUGAACAAACACUGACUAUACCAUUGGAAUUCAAACAGACCCUCCCUCUGGUCUCAAGUGGUACAGUCAACUCGAAGAUCGAGUAUUUAUCCGCAACAGGUCAAACUGGAUGCAUUGAAGUAUCAAAUGUUCAAGUUAGAAAUAAAUAA